AUGGCACGCACUAAAUUUCGUGGACGCAGAUUCAGCAACCAAGACUCAGCAGUCCCAAAGCCGAAAACAAAGACAAAGAGGGAUCGGGCACUUGCUGUGAUGUCCUGUAAAUCAACCCUUCCAAUGCCCCCAGUGCGACUCCAGAGGCCCAUUUCCUAUUUCUCAAUCCCAAUCAUCCGUGCAGAGCUAACCAUAGAUGAAUUCCUCACAAACUUUGGGACUCAGAUCACCUACUGCGCUCCUCAAGAGAUUGUUGCCAUUGAUUCUGAUACAAGGUCGGAGCACACAACCUGCCGGGUACCAGUCAUGGAGGGUGGGCAGCUUAGAGGGUAUGUACCCCUGCCAAUGAGGUACCGGGACAUUUGGCUCGAGCUAUCUUAUAACAUUGUCCUACUGAUCAACAUAUGGCAACUUUGGUCCAAGGAAGAGGGAAAGGCAUCGAGUCCGAAGGAGAAAAAGAUGGCUACCGCCUGCCGACAGAACGUUGGGACAUUGCUUGUUCAAUACAUGCUUUCAAGGCUGCUUGCGGUGGAGGAGCUGGUCAGCUUGAGUUAUAAUGUGGAGCCUGGCGAAGAGCGCGUGAACAUUCUCAACGAAUGGAAGGUCCGGAUGCUUCGGGAUUGGUUCUACAUGACGCACUCGGAGGCCAUAGCUGAUGGACCUGAAUUCAUGUGUGCUGAUCCAGCCAGUACCCAAAAUAAAGCAUUUUUCGAAAGAGGAUGGGAGAUAGAGGAGGAUGGGCGGAAUAUCUUAUCGCCUCCGGAAGACGCCAAUCUUUGGAUCCACGGGCGUAUCGAAGGAUUGGACGAGACCUUUGAAAAAACAAUCAAACCUCAGGCAUUACAAGAAUUAAGCAAGCCCAGCCAAUUUUUCGAAACUCGGUACCAGGAAGGGACAACCUUACCGGAACGGUGGCACGAGGGGCAUAAGCCCCGUCCAUUCUUCUGGAGCAAUAAACAAUGGGAUUGGUUCUGUGAAGGGAAUGACUAUUGGAAAACACCGAUCGACCUCUUGCGUUAUGUUCUUGUCACAGAGCCAGCGUACCAUGAAGUCGACCAGUUUUUGGGUGACUUGCGAAGCCUCAGCAUAAUAAUAUUUCAGAACCCUGAUUUGGAGGUUAUUGAGGCAGACGCAAGACAUCUCUGGCUCGGAAAAAUAAUCUGGAGGGAGUUCGUAGAAAAAUUAAAGGGAUAUUUGAGUCUGACUGAGGCACAGACGGUGACUUCGGAAAAAAAGGACGAUCAAAACCCUUUCAACACCUUGGAGUUGUUUUUGAUUUUCAAGGGAUAUAUGCACCAGGAGAAGACGAACUCGGAGG